AUGGACGAGGCGCAGAAGACGUUCAACAAGGUGUUCCCCGUGAAUACUGCAGGAGCCGAUUUGCGCCCUGUCGUGCUCUUUGACGGUGUUUGCAUGUUUUGCAACCGUGGCAUUGACACUCUACUGGCCCUGGAUGUGAACAGGAAAAUCCGCGUGGCCCCCCUACAAAGCGAACUUGGCCGUGCGCUCAUGACGGUGUGCGGCCGUGAUCCGGAUGACCUUUCAUCCAUGCUGGUGGUGGAAGCCGAUAAAAGCCUUUUCUCUAAAUCUGAUGCGGCGAUUCGGAUUGCCGAAGUGGCGGCGCCCCAUCCCUUGCUGGGUGGGGCGCUGGAAAGAGCUGCGCGCUUGCUUCUACCACAGGAGAUGCGAGACGGGGCGUACGACACAGUAGCUGAGAACCGGUACAGCAUAUUGGGAAAGCGGGAGGAAUGUCGGCUGCCGGAUCCAGGGGAUGACCGCUUUAUCGCCUAA